AUGGCAGAGGCCGAGGAGCAGAAGCAGGCUGAGGCUGACGGACGUAGGAAGCCAGAUGGAGAGGAGGGUUCAGAUGGGAAUAAAAUGAUACAGACAGAGGGACGGGAGACGGCGGGUGCUGAGGGGCACAUCAUCGCAGAGGAAGAGGGACAGCAUGACAAGGAGGCAACGUCGCAAGUAUUCGCAUACCGAGAGACGCAGAGCAUGGCAGAGACAGAGUUUCAAAAUACUAUGGAGGAGGUUCGUGUGGUCCCGGAGGCUGGAGUGGGGCACUACAAGGGAGAUGCGCUGGAAACAGAAGAGGAGCAGAAUGAGGAGGAUACGACGUUCUGCAACUUGGCGGCCUGCAACAGCAGCAUCAGUCGCGACGUGGCCGAUCUGACCGUCCAUUACUGGCGCGACGCCCUGGCCAACCUGGAGGAAGUCCGCGAUGGAAACGAGGAACGGCGGCGCCAAGCUGAAACGGCGGCCAGGUUUCACAAGCAGGUGGACACGAGACUCUCCAACUUGCAGGAGAGUAUCGUAAGGGUUAGUGAUCAGGUUCGCCAGUCGGGAGGGGGGAUGGCGGAGGGCAUGUUAAAGGGGGUGGAAGAGAGGUUGAGAGAGGUUCUGAGAGAAGACUCUGAGCGGCAGAAUAGGGAUGGACUGCAGGACAAGGAGUGGAGGCAGAAGGAGAUGAGAGAGGGAAUGAAGGAGAUGAAGGAGGCGAUGAUGAAGGAGAUGAAGGCAGAAAUGAAGGAGAUGAAGGCAGAAAUGAAGGAGAUGAAGGAUGGGAUAGUAAACCAGAUUGUGGGGAGGUUGAGCGCGGUUUUGAGAGAAGAAUCCGAGCGGCAAAAGAAGGCGAGGCAAGAGGACGCGGAGCGGCGACAACAGCAGGACGCGAAGAGGAAACAAGUGGCGGAUGACGAGGAGAGACAGAAGAAGAAACAACUGGACGAGCAAUGGCGGAAGGAGGAGGAGGAGAAGAGGAAGGAUGUAGAGGCCACAAAGCGGCGGAGGAAGAAGAAACAUCAGGAGGAAGAGCGAUGGCAGAAGGAGGUGGAGGCGGGAAUGAAGGAGGUGAUGGAGGCUAUGAAGGAGAUGAAGACGGGGAUGAAGGGGUGGAAGGAGGGGAGGCUAAGUGAGGUGGAAAAGCGGCUGUCAGUAGUUCUGAGAUUGGACGCAGAGCGGCGGCAAAAGGAGGAGCAGGGUAGGAAGGCAACGGAGGGAGAUCGGCGACGGAAGGAGGAUGCACAGAGGAAGGAGGCUGAGAAGGACAAUCGGGAGGAAAGGGAGAAACAACAGGAGAAGGAGCACCAGCAAAAUGAGGAGGCGCAGAGGAAGGAGGCAGAGGAAGCUGAGCGGGUGGAGAGGGAGAAACAGCAGGAGAUGGCGCGCCUGCAGAAGGAAGAGGCGCAGCGGAAAGAUGCAGAGGAGGCCGAGAGGUAG